AUGUCGCUCACUCCUCCCGUGACCGAUUCCACCACCACUUCCACCACCAACAACACAACUGCUUUGGUCACUCGAGCACAUAAUCGCUAUCCAUUAUCAUCAGCAAUGACACCACCUAGUCUUAAACCACACACUCUACGCAAUACCACUACAAAGGGUUAUACCACAAAGCGGCGAAAUUCAUCCUCCUCCAUGUUGCACACAGUUCCCAACAUUGAUACCGCGUCAUCAACAGCAUCAGCAUCAUCGACCGAAGAUGGAUACAACCAUAAACGUGCAAAAUUGGACUUGUUAUUACAUGACAACAACAACAGCAACAACGUAUUCUAUCAUAUCGAUCAAUACGCAAUGCCUUCGCCCUCUCAUCAUGAAGAUGACGAAUACGAUAACACAACUGAUAUACUACGACAAUUACCAGACAUGAUUCAUGCAUACGAUUCUUUAUCAUUGGAGAUGAAAAGUUAUAUCAUGUUCCAGCUCUUAAAACGAUCAUCCACCAGCACUCUUCAAUUCGUCAAUUCCAUGAUUGUCCCAGCAUUGAAACGCGACUUUUUGGCUUCAUUACCUUUGGAACUUGCCUUGAAUGUCAUUAGCCAUCUGGAUGCCUUGUCACUAUGCAGAGCAGCUUGCGUGAGUCGUAAAUGGCGUUCAGUGAUUGAUUCGGAUGCCAACACAUGGAGACGAUUAUUGGACAAGGAUGGUUUCGAAUAUGAUCCAGUGGAUGAAGAUGAGGAAGAUGACGAUGAUACCUACUCGUUUGGAUCCGUGCUUGAUAGCGAGCUUGGUUACAAUGAUCAUUCGAUGGAUACUGGAGAAGAAGAAGAACAGCAACAGCAACAAGAGGAGGAGGAGGAUCAGCAUCAUGAUGAUGAUGAACAACAUGCGAAUGCACAUAUUCAAUGGCGUCAAGCAUGGUACGGAGCUGAUUGUUAUCCACUUCAUGGCAGUAAUAGCAGCACCACCACAUCAAGGAUGGAGAUUGAUCUCGACUUUGGCAGUAACAAAUCACAACAACAACAACAACAACCACGACGACAUCCUAAUCCAUACAAGGAAUUGUAUCGACACCAAUAUACCCUACAACAAAACUGGCGCAAAGGAAGAUUCAAGCGUACAAGGUUCGAAGGCCCCCCUCCCGAUACAGUGGUGACAUGUUUACAAUUUGACGACGACAAGAUCAUUACAGGCGCCGACGAUCACAGCAUCAACAUUUAUGACACACGCACAGGGCGUCGCAUGCAUACAUUAUCGGGGCAUGAUGGUGGUGUAUGGGCAUUGCAAUACUACAACAAUACCUUGGUGAGUGGAUCCACCGAUCGCACCGUGCGUGUAUGGGAUAUUCGCAAAGGGCUAUGCACCCAUGUAUUCCAAGGUCAUUCAUCCACCGUACGAUGCUUGCAAAUUGUUCAACCCACGCUUGUGAAUGGUCGCAUGGAGCCUAGUGUACCCCUGAUCGUGACAGGAUCACGCGAUUCAACCUUACGUGUGUGGCGAUUACCGGAUGUGGAACGCAGCAAUGAAACAUUCUAUGGCUCAGGUGUCAAUCGUUGGUUCAUCCACACCUUGACAGGCCAUGAACAAUCAGUAAGGGCCUUAGCAGCACAUGGCAAUAAGCUCGUGAGUGGCAGCUAUGAUUGUACCGUUUGCAUUUGGGAUAUCCAACAAGGUCGCUUGAUCCAUCGCAUGGGAGGUCACGUGCAAAAAGUCUAUUCCGUGGUCAUCGAUCCUGAACGUCAACGAUGCAUGAGUGGUAGCAUGGAUAGCACUGUACGCAUUUGGGAUAUGGAACAUGGUCAUUGCUUACGUGUCUUGGAAGGCCAUUCGAUCCUAGUGGGCUUACUAGGGAUCACUCCCAACUAUCUUGUCUCUGCAGCGGCCGAUUCCACAUUACGUAUAUGGUGCCCUGAAACAGGUACAUGUCGUCAAGUCCUCUGGGGUCAUCGAGGUGCCAUUACUUGCUUCCAGCAUAAUGAAAACGCCGUCAUUUCUGGUUCAGAAGGUGGGAUCAAGAUGUGGGAUAUCAAAACAGGUCACUUGAUUCGUGAUCUUAUUACUGGCGUUGAUGGCGUAUGGCGUGUGGCAUUUGACAAACGUCGAUGCGUGGCUGCUGUACACAGAGACAAUGUUACGUCCUUUGAGAUUAUCGACUUUGGUGUGCAUGGAUUAGAGGAUCAAGGACAAGAUAUGUUUGGUUAA